AGUCCCGUCAGCUUCCGGUAGAAGAGCUCGGCCACAUCCCGGCCGCCACUGUCCCCGCGGACUGGCCGGUGGAAGGACUCAGUGAAGGAUCCUGCGACACGGGCUGGCCCUGGGCGCCCCUCCCGCCCGGUCCCUCCGCCCCUUCCCUGUCCCGAGGGUCUAGGAUACAGUCUUUGUAGAUGAGCGGGUCCCCCUUGGAGGACAGAAUGAAGAACUGGGAAAUCAUGGCCGUCCUGGAGAGCAGACAAGAAGACGACGAAAGUUGGGCCUGCCCCGCCCUGAGGCCCCGGAACAAAAGAACGCGCGUGCGCUGGCCCUUUAAGAGCGAUUCUCCUCCGCCCGCGCCAGCUUGGACCGCGGGAAACCCGGCGCCCGCCCCACCCCGCCCGGAGAUUCCCUUCCGACUCCCGCACCGCCUCCCCGUCACUCAUUCGAGGCCCGCCCGGCGAUUGGCUUACGGCUAGCGGGAGGGAGAAAGGGCCGGCUUUUCCGAUUGGCCAGCACGCAGUGGCGCUGGUCACGUGGGGGGCGACGUUUCGCGCCAAUUUCGGUUGGCCGGCCACAGUCCACCGCGCGGACGUUCUUAGCUUCCCCAGAAGCAAGACCUCUGAGCCCGCCAAGAGCUGCCGCACGGGCCUCGGCAGCGAUGGCACUGAAGGACUACGCGCUAGAGAAAGAAAAGGUUAAGAAGUUCUUACAAGAGUUCUACCAGGAUGAUGAACUUGGGAAGAAGCAGUUCAAGUAUGGGAACCAGUUGGUUCGGCUGGCUCAUCGGGAACAAGUGACUCUGUAUGUGGACCUGGACGACGUAGCCGAGGAUGACCCCGAGUUGGUGGACUCAAUUUGUGAGAAUGCCAGGCGCUACGCAAAGCUCUUUGCCGAUUCCGUACAAGAGCUGCUGCCUCAGUACAAGGAGAGGGAAGUGGUAAAUAAGGAUGUCCUGGACGUUUACAUUGAGCAUCGGCUGAUGAUGGAGCAGCGGAGUCGGGACCCUGGAACAGCCCGAAGCCCCCAGAACCAGUACCCUGCUGAACUCAUGCGCAGAUUUGAGCUGUAUUUUCAAGGCCCAAGUAGCAACAAGCCUCGUGUGAUCCGGGAAGUGCGGGCUGACUCUGUGGGGAAAUUGGUGACUGUGCGUGGAAUUGUCACUCGUGUCUCUGAAGUCAAACCCAAGAUGGUGGUGGCCACUUACACUUGUGACCAGUGUGGGGCAGAGACCUACCAGCCGAUCCAGUCUCCAACUUUCAUGCCUCUGAUCAUGUGCCCAAGCCAGGAGUGCCAAACCAACCGCUCAGGAGGGCGGCUGUAUCUGCAGACACGGGGCUCCAAAUUCAUCAAAUUCCAGGAGAUGAAGAUGCAAGAACAUAGUGAUCAAGUGCCCGUGGGAAACAUCCCUCGUAGUAUCACGGUGCUGGUAGAAGGAGAGAACACGAGAAUUGCCCAGCCUGGAGACCACGUCAGCGUCACUGGUAUCUUCUUGCCAAUCCUGCGCACUGGGUUUCGACAGGUGGUACAGGGUUUACUCUCAGAAACCUACCUGGAAGCCCAUCGGAUUGUGAAGAUGAACAAGAGUGAGGAUGAUGAGUCUGGGGCUGGAGAGCUCAGCAGGGAGGAGCUGAGGCAGAUUGCAGAAGAGGAUUUCUACGAAAAGCUGGCAGCUUCAAUCGCCCCAGAAAUAUAUGGGCACGAAGAUGUAAAGAAGGCACUGCUGCUUCUGCUAGUGGGGGGUGUGGACCAGUCUCCUCGAGGCAUGAAGAUCCGGGGCAACAUCAACAUCUGUCUGAUGGGGGAUCCUGGUGUGGCCAAGUCUCAACUCCUGUCGUACAUUGAUCGGCUGGCCCCCCGCAGCCAGUACACAACAGGCCGGGGCUCCUCGGGAGUGGGGCUUACGGCAGCUGUGCUGAGAGACUCCGUGAGUGGAGAACUGACUUUAGAGGGUGGGGCUCUGGUGCUGGCUGACCAGGGCGUGUGCUGCAUUGAUGAGUUCGACAAAAUGGCCGAGGCCGACCGCACAGCCAUCCACGAGGUCAUGGAGCAGCAGACCAUCUCCAUUGCCAAGGCCGGCAUCCUCACUACACUCAAUGCCCGCUGCUCCAUCCUGGCUGCCGCCAACCCUGCCUAUGGGCGCUACAACCCCCGCCGCAGCCUGGAGCAGAACAUACAGCUGCCUGCCGCGCUGCUCUCCCGGUUUGACCUCCUCUGGCUGAUUCAGGACCGGCCUGACCGAGACAAUGACCUACGGUUGGCCCAGCACAUCACCUAUGUGCACCAGCACAGCCGGCAGCCCCCCUCCCAGUUCGAACCUCUGGACAUGAAGCUCAUGAGGCGUUACAUAGCCAUGUGCCGCGAGAAGCAGCCCACAGUGCCAGAGUCUCUGGCUGACUACAUCACGGCAGCGUAUGUGGAGAUGAGGCGAGAGGCUUGGGCUAGUAAGGAUGCCACCUACACUUCCGCUCGGACCCUGCUGGCUAUCCUGCGCCUUUCCACUGCUCUGGCCCGUCUGCGAAUGGUGGACGUGGUGGAGAAGGAAGAUGUGAAUGAAGCCAUCAGGCUAAUGGAGAUGUCAAAGGACUCUCUUCUGGGAGACAAGGGGCAGACAGCUAGGACUCAGAGACCAGCAGAUGUGGUAUUUGCCACCAUCCGUGAACUGGUCUCAGGGGGCCGAAGCGUCCGGUUCUCUGAGGCAGAGCAGCGCUGCAUAUCUCGCGGCUUUACACCCGCCCAGUUCCAGGUGGCUCUGGAUGAAUAUGAGGAGCUCAACGUCUGGCAGGUCAAUGCUUCCCGGACAUGGAUCACUUUUGUCUGAUUCCAGCGUGCUUGCAAGCCUGGGGUCCUCUUGUUCCCUGCUGGCCCGCCCCUUGGGAAGGGGCAGUGAUGCCCUUGAGGGGAAGGAGGAGCCCUUCUUUCUCCUAUGCUGCACUUAUUCCUUCUGCUAAUAAAGUGUUUGUAGAUUG